GUCAUGUGACGUUCCAUCGCUGACAUCAUUGAGUCGGUUUGACAGCAUUCGAAACUAACCAUUAUAGCUCAUUUCAACAUCACUAACAAACCCCAGAUUAUGCAGCGUAACAUAUCUCGACAUUGUUUCUGAUAGAGGCGGAGAAGUUGGGCUUCUGAGUAUUUAAGCUUAUCUCAGUCCAAUCCAGAUCUGCAUCAACACGAAGGGCUCAAGUACUGUACAUUGCCGCCCAGCCGAGCCAUUCAACAUCCACGCCAAGAUGUGGGAUCAAUUCUCUCCAACACCUUCGCAUGUGGCAUAUUUGUCGCUAUCGCUCUUUCUGAUUGUAUAUGCCCUGUUUUCACAGUACAUCAGAAAUCACCUGCAUCUGUCUGAACCCCCUCUUGCCGUCUUAUAUGGUAUCAUUCUGGGACCAGCAGUCCUUUCCAUACUCAUACCCAAGCAAUGGGGAGUUAAAGACGAAGACGACGAGAUCGUCCAAGAGAUGACUCGCGUUAUUGUUGCCAUACAAUGCUUCGCAGUUGGAAUCGAGCUACCCAAGGAAUAUUUCAAACGACACUGGAAGUCCGUCCUCUACUUCCUCGGACCUAUCAUGGCUUUUUCGUGGGCCAUCACUGCACUGUUCGCAUACUUCAUUUUCAAGACCAGCAUUCCAGCUGCUCUGAUCAUCGGAGCAUGUCUUUCGCCAACCGAUCCCGUGCUAGCUGCCAGUGUAUUGGCUAAAUCACAUUUCAGCGAGAGAGUUCCAUCACGAUUGAAGCAUCUCCUUUCAGCAGAAAGUGCUUGCAAUGAUGGUGUAUCUUUUCCAUUCUUAUAUAUCGGAAUUGUGGCCUUGAAGUCGACCAACGCUGGCGAGGCUUUGAAAAACUUCGUCCUCAUCACAAUCCUUUGGCAAUGCAUCGUUGGUCUGACACUGGGCAUUGUUAUUGGCCACUGUGCAAACAAGCUUCUCCGCUUCUCAGACAACAACAACGCUAUUUCCAAACCCUCAUUCGUAGUCUUCUAUCUCCUCCUCGCCCUACUCUGCGUCGGCGUCGGCUCAACGCUGGGUAGUGACGACUUCCUCGUUGCCUUCGGCGCCGGAGUAGGUUUCGGACACGAUGGCUGGUUCUCCAAGAAGACGCACGAACUUCCGUUCCCAGCCAUCCUCGACAUGAUGCUCAACUCCGCGCUCUUUGUCUUCUUCGGCGCUCUCAUACCAUGGAAAGAAUUCGUUCCACGAGACAUCACUCCCAACUGUGGCGUAUGGCAGCUCGUCCUCUUCCUCAUUCUAGUCCUCCUGUUUCGACGCAUCCCGAUCGUGCUGGCCAUGAAGCGAUUCGUGCCUGAUAUUCGCACGUAUCGGGAAGCGUUGUUCUGUGGGCAUUUUGGACCGAUGGGCGUAGGAGCUUUGUUUCUAGCUAUGGAAGCUCGAGAGGAGUUAGAGCCACCUGCGAGCUUUCCUUACGGCAAAGGGCAUAGAUCAGCAUCGUACUCGGAUUUGGAUCAAGCUAUUGCGCUUGUUUGGCCCGUAGUCUGUUUCGUUGUGGUGGGAAGCACUUUUGUGCAUGGUUUGAGUACGGUGGCUAUUAGUGUUGGUGGUAGCUUUGCGAGGAAGAGGGGUGAGAGGGCGCCUUUGUUGGGGCAAGAGACUGAUGGUCUGGAGGCUAUGGAUCAUGAGGAUGGGAAUGGAGAUAGUGAGCCGGAGGUCAGUGGGAGUGAUUGCUGAUCUUGGAAAUGCCUAGAUCUUGGGGUAUAGUUUCUAGGGUAAUUGGAUAGAGAGAAUUGGAAUUCGUGUUAGGAACCGUGUUCCAACGACUUGUGGAUCACUGUACAUGUC